GUCAAGUAGAAGCGGCUCCAUUCAGUUGUUGAAAAAAGUGAAAUUAAUAUUUUUCUGUGAUUUUACCUAAAAUUUUAUGGUAAUAAUACAUUUUUAAAUUUCAUAUUUAAUAUAAGUUAACUAAAAAUGGGUGAUACUGAUGAUUUUUACGAUGGUGACCGGACUAUGGACUCAUUGCCAACUACGCCUGAAGUUACCUACAAUUGGGUUGAUAUAACUACAGAUUUCUUUAAACACAUACAAGAUUUAGAGUUAGGUGAGUUACUACAUGAUGGUCACUUAUUUGGUCUUUUUGAGGCCAUGUCUGCCAUUGAGAUGAUGGACCCGAAAAUGGAUGCUGGGAUGUUGUGUAAUAGAGGAAAUCCUAAACCUUUCAACUUUCAGCAAGCUGUUGAGUGUGGUAAACUAAAAAUAGAUGACUUGGAGCCGUCAGAGAUCAUUGGAGUCAUAGAUGCCACUGUGGCAUGUAUAGUGUCGUGGUUGGAGGGACAUUCUCUCGCACAGACAGUGUUCACCAACCUGUAUCUACAUCAACCACAUUCAAUUAUAAACAAAACAUUAAAAGCCUUCUGCAUCGCUGUUUAUAAGCUACUGGAUUGCAUUAGAGAUUGUAUUAACAAAGCUCAAGUAUUUGAAGAGGAAGAUUUUCUACCGAUAGGCUAUGGUUACCGCUUGGGCUCAAAUCCCCAAGUUGGGAACACAUACAAUGCAAAUCUAGAAGUGAGUGAACAGAAAUGCAUAGCAAUGCUUCGCGAGCAAGAGGAGGAACUGAAUAAGAAAGCAAGGUCUCAAGAAGAUGAGACCAAUGAAUUAUGGAUGGCCUUAGCAGCGAGGAUCCGAUUCACCAGAAUGUUCUACCAGGCCCUGCUGUUGAUCACCCGACGAGACUCCCAGUCUGGUGCCGACUGCGUCGCACUGUUGAACGGCUGUUCCGAAAUGAUGAAAGUCAUUAUCAGGACUGUGGGAAAAGGAACCCAGCCGUUAGAGAAAUCCGACUCUCCAAACCCAAUGGGCUUUGAGCCCAUGGUCAACCAACGCCUGUUACCACCCACGUUCCCGCGGUACACGCGCAUAAAGCCGCGAGCAGAGGCGCUGCAGUAUUGCGACGAGCUCGUCACGCGACUGCGUCACGCCUGGAAGAUCACUUCGGCCACCAACUUUCAUACUGCCCUGGACUUCUUCAUGGAGUUCAGCCGGCACCGCGCGUGCAUCCUGUCCCGCUCCGCGCUGCAGCUGCUGUACCUCAGCCCGUCGCCCGGCGCCACCGCGUCCACCUUGCUGGCCGGCGCGGGCCCGCAGCGCCCGCACGCCUUCCUCGACAUACUGCGCGACUCCGUCAGGAGCUUCGUCAACCCGCCCAGCUUGGCGGUGAAGCUGGCCGGUGCCAACCCCCCGGCGCGCGAGUUCGUGGAGAACUUCCUGCUGCGCUGCGUCCGACCGUUCGCCAUGUUGGUGCAGGUGUGCGGACACAACCGCGCGCGACAGCGGGACAAGAUCGCGGUAUUGCUGGAUGACUUCGCGGCGCUGCAAGAGGAGGCAGAGAGUGUAGACGCGCUAGUGAGCGGCGCGUUGUGCACCGUGCUACGACCAUACUUCACCACGUGGAUCCUGUACCACGUGCUGCGGCUCAUGAUCGCCUACCUGCUGUCCGGUCUCGAGCUAGAGCUAUACAGUGUGCACGAAUACCAUUAUAUAUUUUGGUAUUUGUAUGAGUUUCUGUACGGUUGGUUGGUGUCGGCGCUGGGGCGCGCGGAGGGGCUCGCAAGCGAGACGCGCAAGGCCGAUGUGAAGAAGAGCGGCGUGCGCAAGCAGAAGAAACGCACGCGCCCCUACGCGCGGGAGGGGCUCAUGUGUCAAGUUAUGCAGAACAUGUGCGGAGGGUAUUAUAAGGCUCUAGUCGCAUUCAAGUUGCAAGGCAAGCUCCGCCAGCCGCAGUCCGAGUUCGACAACGAGGCGGUGCGCUACAAGCACCGGUUCGCGCCGCUGUCCGUGCUGACGCCGCCGCAAGUGCACUACCACGAGUUCCUGGAGCUGACGCAACCUUUGCAGUACGAAAACCCUGUAAUUUUAUAUUUAGGCGGAUGCAAACUUUUCCAGCAAGCGCGGUCAUUAUUGGAAACUAUUUCAAUACCAGACCACGAAGUAAACGACCUUCUGAAAGUAGCCAAAACAAAUUUUGUGGUUUUAAAAUUGUUAGCGGGCGGUCACAAACAGGACUCCACCGUGCCACCUGAAUUUGACUUCUCUGUUCAUAGACACUUCCCAAUAAUAAAAUUAGUGUAAAUAAUGUCA